GUUUCAUUGACUUUUUGUCAAAUUGAAAGCAUCAGCAAGCUGUCAAAGAGUCACAGAAGUCUCUACUUCUUCGCGAUCUAAGAGCAAUAAUCCUUGCCAGUGGUGAUGCUGAGAGAGGAUUGCAAGUGGUAGAUAUCCCGCAACCGCCUAGAACCAAGCUCAAGCAAAAUCAAGACACCAGACUCUUGAGCAAUAUGCCAUCUCACCGAGCAUGGAGACCGCUUUUGGCUGCAGCCUCUCAAGCUAGCAGAUCACCGCGGCAAGCUCCCAUAAGAGAAAUGAGCUCUUUGAUCACUUCCCCGAAGUCACGCAUCGCAUCAUCCUUAUCUCCAGGCUCACGACGGCCGUACCAAGCAUCUCAUCCCGGACGGGCUUCAGCAUUAGCAAUUUCGUCCACAAAAUCUACUGUCCAGGCACGCCAUGCCUCGUCCAAACCAUCCGAGGGUCUCCAGCACACCCCUCUCUACGCCUUACACGAAUCCCUCGGCGCCAAAAUGGUCCCCUUCGCCAACUUCGCCAUGCCAGUCGAAUACCCCGACCAAUCUCACCGAGACUCCCAUGUCUGGACCCGUCAGCACGCCUCGGUGUUCGAUGUCAGCCACAUGGUCCAGCACAAACUCUCCGGCGACCUGGCCGAGGAAUUUCUGAUGACCAUCACUCCCAGCUCGAUCAACGAGAUCGAAAAGCACCACUCGUCUUUAUCCGUGCUGCUCAACAAAUCCGGCGGCAUCGUCGAUGAUACUGUCAUCACCCGCAUCGGAAAAGACAGCUUCUACUUCGUCACCAACGCCGGCUGCCGCGAGACCGACCUACCCUUCAUCCAGUCCGAGAUGGAAGAAUUUCUCAAAUCCAAGUCCGCCUCCAGUGACAAAAUAAACUGGCACGUCCUGGACCAUCACGCACUUCUUGCCCUGCAAGGCCCCGAAGCCGCGUCCGUCCUGCAAUCCCUGGUCUUCAACGACACCGAGGACGAGAGUCUCGACACAUCGCUCGACACACUGUACUUCGGCACGAGUCGCUGGCUACAGCUCACGCUGCCGGAGUCCGGGAUGAAUACGCCAUCCCUGCUGAUCAGCCGAACCGGGUAUACCGGCGAAGACGGGUUCGAAAUCUCGAUCCCUCCCGAAUCUGGCGAUGCGACUGAGCUGGCUACCUCGAUCGCCAAAGCCCUCACGGCGGACACUUCAAAGGUGCGCUGGGCAGGCCUCGGUGCCCGUGACUCACUCCGUCUCGAAGCGGGCAUGUGUCUCUACGGGCACGAUCUGAACGACACCAUUACGCCGCCCAUGGCGGCGCUAGGCUGGGUCGUGGGCAAAGCGCGCCGAACUGACAAUCCCUCUCCUCCGUUCAACGGACACGAGAUCAUCAACAAACAACUGGCAUCACCCAAGAGUAUGAGCGAACGACGCGUUGGCUUCACAAUCGAAAAGGGUCCCGCCGCGCGCGAAGGCGCCGAAAUAGUCGAUCCGGAAAACGAUAAUCGUGUCAUUGGCCGCAUCACUUCCGGCUGCCCAAGUCCCAGCUUGGACGGGGCGAAUAUCGCAAUGGGCUACAUCAAGAACGGAUUCCACAAAAAGGGGACGAAGGUGGGCGUCAAAGUUCGGAAGAAUGUGAGGAAGGCCGAAGUUGCGAAGAUGCCAUUCGUGGAGAACAGAUUCUACCGGCCAUGAUCUGAUGCGACUACGAACUUGACAGAAAACCAUGGAAUUUAUUUUACCGGUGGCGCACGGCCUAUCAAGACCUUUAUACUCACCGAGUCUUGAGCCUGGGGAAUAUCAUUCGGAUCUGCAGAGCCUCGGAUGCUGCUUGAUGCUGACGGGGUUGUGUCCUCAUCCGGCAAAGUGUUGCCUUUCUAUCAUCUGGAGGCUACCGGGAGGAGAAGAGGAUCUUGGAUUCAUGGGUCGGAAGCGCUCCGUGUUUGACAGUGCUAGCGAUAGGCUGGUGAGACAAGGACCAGCCAUAUGUCUGUACAAGUAUGUCCAAGUGCCAACUGUGUCUGCAGACGUCGAUGCCACAGGCCCAGGCCAAACUGGACUCCGCGGAUCGCGGGAUCUCCAAGUCUCUUUUCACGAUCCCUCGAAUGGUAUGCCGUGGCUGUCAUUGUUAUGGAUAUGGGCUACGCUGCUGGCAACGACCUCGGCUGUUCUUGCGGCUUUCGUAGAUCUCUAUCUCUCCUCGAGGUUGUGUGGAGUGCGGCAGAAAGGUGGACACACGCAGCGUCCUUUGGUAUCGGCCCUUUUGCAGCGGAGAAAGCAGAGAGGCCUUGAUAAUUCUUCUGGUAUUGGUGUGCAUUUCCCGGCUCCAUUGCGGCGUCACUUGUAUGUAUGAACCGUUGGUGUCCUCGC